AUGUCGUGGAUUGUCGUUGAUGACAGCGCGAAGGGGAGCAUCGGCUCCUCCACCGCCACACUCCGCGGCACACACCGCGCCUCCUCAAUGCGCAGCAGGAGCAGUACCGCGACUGCAUCCACAGCAUCGGCAAUGCACAUUGGCAGUGCGGCGCAGAAGCAGCAGCAGCGGCGGAGAGCCAGCAGCAACACCAGGAAUGGUGCAAGUGGGAAUGGCAGCAGGCACGUGGAUGCAUCGAAGCGGUUGUUGGGCAGUGGAGGGCGAAAAGUCAGCAGAAGAAAACACACGCAUGCCGUUCAGGCCUCAAAUGAGGCCUCACACGCAGAUGACGCACCACAGCAGCAGUAUUUAGGCGUAAAGACUGAAGAAAUGGAGUUGCUGCAGCACGCCCUUGAUGGGGCAUGGGGUAAAUUUGGUGAGGCUCGGGUACUAACGCAGCAGAGAUGCUUCCAAGAUGCAUGGAAGGCGCUCAUGGAGGCAAAGCAGCUCAUUGAUCGAGCUGCGGGCUCCAGCUGCUGUAUCACUCGCCACUACCAGGCGCUGGUACAACUCGGCCACGAACUCAAUGCAGCUACUCAGUCGUGGCUGCUGCGAGAGCAACCGGGUCAGGAGCAGGCGCCGACGAAGCCUGCCAUGGCGUACAGCUCCCUCGCAUCUGAGACCACACGCGCUCCACCGCAGCACCAGCAGCAUCCUAUGGGGAGCACAGGGGGGGUGGAGGAGGCGGAAGCAGAGGAGGAACUGCGGCUGGAGCAGAACGACGACACGAUAGCGCACCAACACCCUGUGGAGGCGUCCGUCUCCAUGAAGAUUCGUGGCAAGAACACGAACAUAUAUCUCGGCUGCGACAACUGCGAAGACGACGGUGUUGCGGUCACAUGCCGUGUGACACCGUCGAAAGCAUCACGGUUCGCACCCUCGCGUCUUCGGGACGUGUGGAAUUUGGUGUCGCCGAAAAGUCCCCCACGGCUCUACGAUGCUUACGGCAAGCCGGCAGCGAAGUUCAGUGAUGGCAUCGUGACUCCUGUGAAUGGUGCGAACGGGCGGGGCGUAUUGAGGAGUUCCUCCUUUAGUCUCUUUCAUCCGUCUGUCCCCACAGAGGCGAUGUACGUUUUGCGGCGGCAGAAGCAGGAGCAGACGGAGACAGAAAAGGAGGAGGAAAGCCAUCCACAACAAAGGUCCCAGCAGCGAAAUCCAUCGCCGCUGUCACCACGGCCCUUGCCGUCACCGCUACAACAACAACAACA